CGGCGGCGGCAGCAACAGGCGGCGGCCGGGCUCGGCGCGGAGGCGCCCGGGGAGGCGCGGGGAGGCGCGCCGCGACCCCGCGCCGCCGCCUCUUCGCCGCCGCAUGGACGAGCAGCUCGGCCUGCUGCGCUCGCCGCCGCCGCCCUCCGCCCGCCCCCGCGCCCACUCCCCGCAGGACCCCGCGGGCGGCGGCGGCGGCCACUCCUCGCCGGACCCCGGCCCCGCGCGGCCGCGCGACAUGACGGUGGUGCCCGGGGACCACCUGCCGGAGCCCGAGGCGGCCGGCGGCGGCGGCGGGGAGCGCUACGAGCCGCCGCCGCCCGCGCUGGCGGCCGGCGGCGAGCAGGACUGCUGCGGCGAGCGCGUGGUCAUCAACAUCUCGGGGCUGCGCUUCGAGACGCAGCUCAAGACCCUCCGCCAGUUCCCCGAGACGCUGCUGGGCGACCCCGCGCGGCGCGUGCGGUACUUCGACCCGCUCCGCAACGAGUACUUCUUCGACCGCAACCGGCCCAGCUUCGACGCCAUCCUCUACUACUACCAGUCCGGGGGCCGCAUCCGCCGGCCCGUCAACGUGCCCAUCGACGUCUUCUCCGAGGAGAUCCGCUUCUACCAGCUGGGCGAGGAGGCCAUGGAGAAGUUCCGCGAGGACGAGGGCUUCCUGCGCGAGGAGGAGCGGCCGCUGCCCCGCCGCGACCUCCAGCGCCAGGUGUGGCUGCUCUUCGAGUACCCCGAGAGCUCGGGGCCGGCGCGGGGCAUCGCCAUCGUGUCGGUGCUCGUCAUCCUCGUCUCCAUCGUCAUCUUCUGCCUGGAGACGCUGCCCGAGUUCCGCGACGACAAGGACUACCCGGCCCCGGCGCCUUCGCCCGAGCAGCCCGAGGCGGCCGGCCGCAACGGCACGUCGGGGGCCCCCGCGGGCGCCUCCAGCUUCUCGGACCCCUUCUUCGUGGUGGAGACGCUGUGCAUCAUCUGGUUCUCCUUCGAGCUGCUGGUGCGCUUCUUCGCGUGCCCCAGCAAAGCCACCUUCUCGAGGAACAUCAUGAACCUGAUCGACGUCGUGGCCAUCAUCCCCUACUUCAUCACCCUGGGCACCGAGCUGGCCGAGCGACAGGGCAACGGGCAGCAAGCCAUGUCCCUGGCCAUCCUGAGGGUCAUCCGCCUGGUGCGGGUCUUCCGCAUCUUCAAGCUCUCCCGCCACUCCAAGGGGCUGCAGAUCCUGGGCCAGACCCUGAAGGCUUCCAUGCGGGAGCUGGGGCUGCUCAUCUUCUUCCUCUUCAUCGGCGUCAUCCUCUUCUCCAGCGCCGUCUACUUUGCCGAGGCGGACGACCCCACUUCGGGUUUCAGCAGUAUCCCAGAUGCCUUCUGGUGGGCAGUGGUAACCAUGACGACAGUGGGUUACGGUGACAUGCAUCCCGUGACCAUCGGGGGCAAGAUUGUGGGGUCUCUCUGUGCCAUCGCCGGUGUCUUGACCAUUGCUUUGCCAGUCCCCGUGAUUGUUUCCAACUUCAAUUACUUCUACCACCGGGAGACCGAAGGGGAAGAGCAAGCCCAGUACUUGCACGUGGGAAGUUGCCAGCACCUCUCUCCUUCAGAAGAGGAGCUCAGAAAAGCAAGGAGUAACUCCACUCUGAGUAAGUCGGAGUAUAUGGUGAUCGAAGAGGGGGGUAUGAACCAUAGCACCUUCCCCCAGACCCCCUUCAAAACGGGCAAUUCCACUGCCCCCUGCACAACAAACAAUAAUCCCAACUCCUGUGUCAACAUCAAAAAGAUAUUUACCGAUGUUUAAUGUAUGGUCUAAGUAACAUGCUGUGCUCAGUAUUCUGUGGAACGUGCCCCCCUUGGUCUGUGCUAUGCCCUUGUUUUAUACAUUUCCAGACCGUUCAUCCAGGAAAGGACUCAGAAGAGUGAAAGCACACUUCCUUCACCCUCACCCUGCUGCUUCAUACUGAAACAGGAGUCUCUUUUGCAGGUGGGCUGCAUUCUCUCAGCUCUUUUCUUUUCCUCUUCCCCACGCCCUUAAUCUGAUAAACAACAAAUUGAACUUAAAUUUGAUUGCUACAAUAUGACCUAUAUUUAAAAAAAAAAAAAACCCUACAUCCUGAGAGGAAAUGAAACUGAAGACAGAGUAACUGUUUUAACUUCAAAAGGCAUUUGUUUCUUUACUAAGUAAAGCAGGCACAUACUUAAUGGUUGAGCUUGAUGGACCCUUCAGUGUUAUUGAAUGUUUAGUUUUGUUACCUACACUGUGGCUAUGUGGAUGAGAAGUCUAAGAACAAUUACUUGUGAACCCACCAAACGGUUUAGUUGGUUUUUUUUUUUUUUUGGUCUGGAAUUUAUGUUCUGAACCGUUCUCAGAAUUGUAAGGAUCUCUACAACUUUGAACAUGACAAAUACCCAAGGUGUCCUGAUUAUGACGAGUUUAAACUCUUUGGGGCUCUAUUAAGCAUUUCAAACAUAAUAGACUAACAAAUUCCUGUGAAGUUCUUUGUGUGUGUGUUCCAGUCAACAUCUAUCAAGUUCCAGAAACAGAUGUUCUUAGUGCUGCUGAGAGAAACAAACAGAAAAUAAAUAAAUAAAUGAAACCCUUAAUGCAUCUGAGAGAUAAGCUUCUGCAGAAUCACAAGAAGAUUAAAGUGGCAGACACUCCUUCCAGCGGAAGUUACUAAUUCGGACCUGACUGAUGUAGUUCCCAUAGCAACCCGUGUUUCCUGGGAAACCCGAAAAAGGUUGUCAUGGUAUCUCUUGCUCUCUAGCCCCACCCUCUAGCCUCUGUCGUUUCCACAGUAACCUUCCAGAUAGUUCUGCUUACAUGAUUUCAUAAAGAAAACCAGUUUGAAUAAACCGCACAAAUAAAGUUGUCCGAGAAUCUGAGUUGGUAAAUAUAAUGACAAAAUGCCUUUUUCUUUCUAUUUUUAAACUGCAAUCGAUCAAUAAUGUCAUCCCAGAGUGACUGGAUUGAGAAGGAAAAUAACAUCUUUGGAAUGUUUGACAUACAGCACAAUCAGGCAUGAUUUAAAGUAAAUGCCAGUAAUUAGGCAAUAAUUUUAAAAGAUGCUUCUCUACUGUUCUCAUAUUCCAAGAAAAAAUGGUUCCAAGCCAACAAAUGGAAUCUAAAAACAAAGUUAUUCUGUAUAUAAGUGAGUGAGUGUCAAUCAGUACACCUGAGACCUUAAAAAGAUUUCUUCAGACUCCCUCUUUUAAAAUUAAAAAGCCCACAACAGCACUGUCACCAUCACAGCACUUGUAAAAGCUAAAUUAACUAAAAAAGUAUAAAGGAUGCACUUUUUAGCUGAAGAAAUUGCAGACAAUCAAUAAAAAAAGGAGGGGCAGGAAGUAAUCAUGUCCUGGGGAAAUUUCUGCAAGUUUCAUCCAUAUGCCAGGGGUGCCAGAAGACAGAAUCAGAUACCUGAAGAACCCCACAUAAUGAAUUCUAGAGCUUCACUGGCCAGUAGGAGGCUGGCUUUUGAAUUGCCUAGCUCAAGAAUGCAGUAUUGGUUAUGUUGCUGAUGAUUAUGACCGAGCUGCUGGCCGUGCUUUCUGUUUCAAUUGACAUUAAAUAACAUGUCUUUAACAAAGAGUUGAUGUAAAGGAACAGCUGUGACACUGGAGGAUUCUCUUCUAAUCAUGUGCAAUAUAAGAGACGUUCUUCAAGAGAUAAUGAAGACCAUUAAAAUAUUAAGGUAUUAUCAUUUCAUCCUUUUGACAUUUUGAUGAAAUCUAAUUAUCCCAAAAGGAAUCAGUACCAAUGAUGAAGAAAACCUAAAUGUGUAUUUCCAACAGACUGCCUAUUGCUGUUUUCUUCUUUCAGUUAAUUUAAUCAUGAGAUACGUUCAUAUUAUAUUCCAUGUUUGGGAUUAUGCACAACUUUACUUGUGAAAGUGUGUCCUGUACCAAAGGCUCUAACACAUAGAUUAGCCUAUUUACAUGUAUUUGUAUUUACAUGUAAAUGUAAAUAAGUGAAGUCUACACUGUGCCCAGAUAAAUGAAAUUAAAGACAGACUUGCCUAAAGGAAAUGUGCCUUGCUUGAUGAAACAGUCUUUUAUUUUUUGAUUCAAACUGAUAGAUUGGAAAAUCAGUCUUGUAGGUAACUUUAAAAAUACAUUAGUACUAAUUACAUUGCUUGAGUUGUCUAUCUUAACCAAAUUUUUGACACAGUUAUAGUUUUAAUAGUUGUAUAUGCUCAUUCAGUUUAGUUUUCCUGAGAUGUUUGAUGUGAUGAAACAAAGCACAUUCUUAAGUAUAUAUACAAUAUUCCAUCUGUGUUUAUAGAAUUUCUUUCAAAGUUGUAUUUGACUUAUUUUCUAUUUUUAUAUUCUUUUAGAAAUGAAAAUUUUUUCAAUUAAAAAGCAAAGUUUUCAUUGGCAAAGUUUUUAGGAGGUCAUGAAGAUGAUUUCCCAUUUAGGUGACAUUUCACUUCUGUGCCAUUAUUAAUGUAUUUACUGUGACAUUUCAGCAGAAUGGUAGCUAUUUGUAUAUUAUUUACUAAGCCUUAACUAUGAACAUUUAGCAUAAAGACAUUUUAAUUUCCACAUUUAAUUCCUAAAAUAUUCUUGAACAUAAAUAAAUAUUAGCCUCUAACUCUAUUUCAUAACAGUGCUAUUAAGUACCCUUGCAUAAUUUCAAU